AUGGUUGUAGCUCGUCAAGAACCUCCUUGGGUCGCACGUAGCUCCUAUUAUGCAUCGUUGUAUUCAGCUCAACGAGCUUCGCAGACAGCUUCUGCACAAAUUGGGGAUGAUGAUCAAGAUGGCGAUGACCAGCAAUUUGGUAGCAACGAGGACGAUGACAACACGGGAUCUGUCUUUUCGACGGCCACUGAUCUUGCUCUUGGUGCCACAACAGCGACCUUGGAGAAUGGCGUUACGGCAACAACGGCGACGGCAGGUGCUGCUGACAACACUGCUUCAUCACUGACGAGCGAUGGGUUUUCCACAUUCCAAACCACAAUGCAAACUAUCCCAACGCCAAGCACGACCAGCAUGUCAUGGACGCAACCAGCAUGGCGACCUAACUUCCCUUCGAACGCACCGUCGUACAUUAACACUGCAACAUCCUCUGAGACCGGCGCUGCAAGCCUGGCACCUGGAUUCGGCAUUCAGGAGAAAGCUCACCAUGGUCCAAACACGACCAUAAUCGCUGGUGUCGUCAUUCCGAUAGUGAUCUUGCUGGCGAGUGGCCUGGUAGCCUUGACUUGCCUGCGUAGGCGACGAAGGCGUGUUGCUGCCUCCAGCGCUGACAACGCUGCUGUGUCCGACGCUGUAGGACCCGUGGCUAUGGCAGAGAAGGUAGCGGGGAAGAAAUUCAGUACGGAUGUCCAUAUGUUGUCGCCCAUUGAUGAAGCGAUGGCAACCCCUCAACUUCCUCAACUCGUCAUCACCUCGUCUCAUAAUGCGACUUACUUCACUGGCCUGGACACAUUUUCGGUGCACUCAGCUGCCACAAACGAAGACCCACCACCACCUUAUCGAGCACGAAAGCGCAGCUCUGGCAAUAACGUCACCAGUUUCGCCGAUAUCACCAGUAUCCCCUGUGGCUCACCUCACUUCACCUUUCUCGGACGCCAACGCGAUUGCUGUUGCUAG